GCACGACGAGGUGGAUAGUCGCAAUCAUGCCACCACCCUGACGCACGUCUCCGUAUCCGACGGUGCGUGUACGUCGAAAACGCAAGGGUGAGACUGUGAGAGCGAAUGAGCCUCGACCAGUAAAACGAAACGAUCUUUAAUCGUCGAGGAGCGCGUGAAAAUUCGAGCUCGAGCCAAACGGGAACGCGAGUCGACCGGAAGCGGAAGAGGGUACGGUCCAAGGAGGCAACUGCGACGAGCGACCGCGGCUACGGCUAUAGGUGAACGAUCGGGAAAGAGGGGAACGGAGACGAACGAAGAAAGGGGGCAGAAGAGCUGAUUAAGGUGGCUUUUAGACGUUCCAACGUCGGGACACCGCGGAACGUCACGAGAUCUAUCGGUGGAACGCGUGAAGUAAACGUGGAGGCGGUCAGGAGAGAGAGGAAGGAUGACGGAGAAGCGACGUCCGACGAUAGCGGUACACGUGUGCGAUUUCUGGUAACGGGUGAUCGCGACGACGAAGACAACGAAGACGACGACGACGAAAAUCACGACGACGAUCACGACGACGAGGAGGAAGAGAAAAAAGUACGAGGGAGGCGGGGAAGAAAGAGGGACGACUCGCCGAGGGUGGUGGUGGUGGUGGUGGUGGUGGUGGUUUUAGAAGAGCGAAGAGAUGCAGCAACAGCCGCAUUCCGGGCAACAGUCCGGGGCACCGAACGGGGUGGCAGGUGGUGCCCAAUUGCCGCAAACAGGUGGCAUAAGCUCGGCUCAACCUGGAGCGACAGGUACCGCCACGGCGGCGUCUAAUCAUGCCCAGGUGAACGGUGGCAGAUUCGAUUUCGACGAUGGCGGCACCUACUGCGGCGGUUGGGAGGACGGCAAAGCCCACGGACACGGUGUCUGCACUGGACCCAAGGGCCAAGGUGCUUACUCCGGUAGCUGGCACUAUGGGUUCGAGGUCUCCGGUGUCUACACCUGGCCUAGCGGCUCGGUUUACGAGGGUCAGUGGCAGAACGGUAAACGCCAUGGCCUGGGAAUGGAAACCCGUGGACGGUGGAUCUACCGUGGCGAGUGGACGCAAGGAUUCAAGGGUCGAUACGGCGUCAGACAAUCGACUACGUCCAUGGCUAGGUACGAGGGCACGUGGGCGAACGGUCUUCAGGACGGAUACGGUUCAGAGACCUACGCGGACAGCGGCACGUAUCAAGGACAAUGGUAUCACGGUAUGAGGCACGGGUACGGCAUGCGUGCGAGCGCGCCUUUCGGUUUGGCAAGUCAUUACAAACCCUCGAAGCAAGUAAGGGCUUCUUUAACGUCCCUGAGAAGCGCGGACGACGGUGCCGCGGUCGCGCCUACCCCGGAACCGACCGAUAGAAGGGAUCGUCGAGUAGGCGACAGCAGGGGUGGUUUCGUCCUGAAAGCGAGAAGCGACAAUCCUCCGGCGAGGCGGAAAAGCCUCACGGAGAAAUCAUUGAAGAAGAGCAUUCUCUCGGGGCUGAAAAUCAGAAAGCAGAGGAGCACGGGUGACCUGGAAAAACACGGAACCAGCGGCAGUAUUAGAAGCAACACGAGUUCGGCUUCGUGGAUGUCGACGGAAAGCUCACAGAGUCAAGCCUCGGCAUCUGUUCACACAGACAGUAAUGCGUCUUUUGUCAUCGAGGACGAGCAGAUGGAUGCCGCUGUGACUGAGACCUAUUUGGGUGAAUGGAAGAACGACAAAAGAACGGGGUUCGGUAUAUCGGAACGUAGCGACGGCCUUCGGUACGAGGGAGAGUGGUUCAACAACCGGAAGUACGGUUACGGCGUGACGACGUUUCGCGAUGGUACCAAGGAGGAAGGGAAAUACAAAAACAACGUGCUAAUCACCAGCCAAAAAAAGAAGCACCUGUUCCUGAUCAGAUCGGCCAAGUUCCGCGAGAGGAUAGAGGCGGCGGUGAACGCGGCUAAAAGGGCGAGUAAAUUCGCCCUUCAGAAGGCGGACAUCGCGAUCUCGAGAACGGCGACUGCGCGAGGCAGAGCCGAGCUGGCCGACGCUGGAGCAGAACAAGCGAGAGAAGACUCGGAACUGGCUCAGCAGACGGCGAAACAGUUCGCGCCGGACUUCCGGCAGCCCGGGUUGGAAAGGUUACGAAAUAGGGAAAUACCUAAGUACGUCCCGCCACCUCAGGACACAGUUCCGGCGAAGAGUAUCCUUCAUAAAACGACCAACGUGGAUCAGCCAGGUUCCACGCCCAUGAAGAGUCCGUCGUCGGAUACUACGUCGCCGACGAACGCUUCCAUGACCGCUAGCAACGUGAUGCAGUCGAUCAGGAGAGCCAGUAUGAAGCCGCAGAGCCAACUUCAGAAUCAGCUGUUGAGCAAUCAGCUGCCGUCGCAGAAUCAGCUGCCGCAGAACCAGCUGUCGCAGAGCGAGCUAGCGGAUCAGGUGACACCAGCUCAAUUGGUCAACCAGCUACCUCUGAAUCAGUUAAACCAGACUACCUUGAGCGGUCAAAAUCAGUACUAUCAAAUGCAAUACCCCUCGUCGAUGGCUCAGAGCCCUGUCCAACAGGCACAGUACCCUAACAGUAUACCGAAUCAGUAUCAGCCACCGAGCCAGUUCUUGGCUGGCCAAUACGCCCCGCAGAAUCAAUACCCAGUUCAAGGUAGUCUCUAUAAUCAGCCGCAAUAUCAGCCUAUGAAUCCAUCCCAGGGCGAUCAGUAUUUGUAUCAGCAGCAACAGCUGAUCGAACAACAAGGGUAUCAGAAUGUGCAGCCGUAUCCUAAUCAGCAGACUUCGUUGCCGAAUCAAUACGGGCCUGGUCAGAUGAAUCAAUACAACUCCCAACAACUUUACGGACAACAGCCGCAACAACAGCAGCAGCAGCAGCAACAACAAAUCCAGCAACAGUACCAGCCAGACGGCGACGCGCAACGACCAACGAGUGCAACGAGUAUACGAAGAAACAGUAGAGUUCUAACACCUCAGGAUCGACCUAAUACUAUCGGUCAAACGUUGAACGACAGACUAGAUCAUUACAAAAGGCCGCCCAGCCGCGAUAGUUCCGUAGAUCGUUACGCCAGAGCGCAUUCCAGGUUGACUGGAUCAAGACAACCGUCCGUUGACAAAAUCGUCCCGAAUCCGCCCCAGGACGUGCUCGACAGAUCAACGAGAGCACCGAGCGCGAUUCGAUCGGGCACACCGUUGAACGGAUCGGUGGUCGGAAGCGGCGCAGCGACGCCCACGUACGCCGCCUCGACUUCCGGUCAAUUCGAGGGCGCCCUCCUGAAGAACCGUAACCUCGGACAGGAUAUUCUGCCGAGUCAGGGACAGCCUAAGCGAACAGAAAGCCUCUACGUCGCACCCGGACGCGGACCGACCGCAUCCGGUGGCGGAGGCGUACCCGGGGGCGGCGGCGGCACGUCGAAGGACGCAGGCCGGACGGUCCCCGCCUUCGCCGCAACGUCAAAGGGCCGCGCAACCCUCUGAGUAUAAGUAUUAAUAAAUAAAAAUAAUGUACAAUACGAACACAUCGCGAUACACAGAAGGUAACUGUACGCGUAGCGUUUCGAGGCGAGACCGAAACAGGGUUUCGAGUGGGGGCGCCGGUUCGUGACUAGACCCUGGAUUCGAGAACAAAAGGGGGAUGUGCUCGAGGGCAGGAAAGGGUGAUUUCUCGUCCGAUUCCUAUCGGGGAUGAAAGAGAGCGCGGCAACCGCGUUAACCGAUUGUUCAACGAAACCCGAUUCGUUGAUCAAGAUCGCCCGAUGGGAUCGUACGCUCUAUAAACGUAGACUGUAUUUUCGUUCGGUGUAAUAGCGUGUCUUUGGUGUUCAUGACGUGAUAGGCGUUAAUGUUAUCUUCAGGGUACUCCGAUCUAUGCUCUAAAUUACCGCUUACAACAGGGUGCAACUGUUCUGCAUGCUCCUUCACCGAAACGAGAUAGAAUUUGCAUUUAUAAUUCCGAACAGAACAGAGAAUGUAUGUUUGAGGGAUCUAGAAUCUGGGGUCUAUUCGCGGCGAACAUCGUGCGUUACUCACACUUUCCCGAGCUUUAACGAACGACGUAUUUUUAACAUUCCACCUAUACCAUCCAAUUUAUUAACCGUUCACUGCGAAGUUUGCUACAUUCCAAAGUACACUCGAUUUCAUGUCCUUUUGACAAACGCGAUUCGAAAGACGCGAUCCAAAGCUGAAGUUUCUACAGAAUCGCUGAUGUUUUGAUCGAACACACUCUGGGCGCAGUCGUUAUUAUUUAAGCCUUCCGGGUGCAUGUCGUAUCCGAAAGAGAUAUAGCCAACAAAGUAGCAGAUAACGAUCCUUUCUGAUACAACUCGUACCCGGAAGACUCGAAUAAUAAUAAGCGUCUGGACACCGGCCGUGAAAGGCUAAAAGUCUCUGGAUGUUUGGACGAGCUCGAUUCGUUUGACGAUGGUAUCGUAGGGUCACGGUUUAGCGAACGGGUACCUCACAGUUUAUACUCGAGCAUCCUGAAUGCCGCGUUAACACGGGAACCGAAUGAGAAGACCGGAUCCGUUGUUUGGUAUGCGUUCGAGAAAGAAAAUAUUUUCAGAUCGACCAUUCACUCUCAACGAAAACGAUCGCACGUGCUACCAGAUCGGGGCAUUAGGGUAAGACUAUAACCAGAACGAAUGUCGAAUGCUCCAUUCUCGGGAGCGAGAAACGAAAUAGUCGACCGAAUAUGUUGUUAAAAAAUAGAUUAAUGUCUACUGGCAUAAAAGCUACAAACGUUAAUAUGAUUUAUUGCUGGAAUCAUUUCUACGCGGUAUAAAUACUUGGCGAUUUAAGCUACGAACACAUUCCGUUCCUCUCGUAAAAAUCCUCAAUGCAAAUUGAGAAAUGUUUACCGUAGGAAGGUUCUAUUUGCCCGACUUCUUCCGAGCAUAAAUCAUCGUUCAGGUAUAUGGACGUAUGCUCAUACACGUACGUACAACGUUUAUGCAUUCGUUCUGCCUAGCCUUGCCCUAACUGCGCCAGAUUCCAAGAUUUCUCAAGGUGUGAAUUAGCAAAGAACACGUACCUGGUCUUAGAGUGUUAUUAGCUACUAUUGACUUUAUAACUAGAUAAAUCGCGUUGAUCAUCGAUAACCCUUUCGGCUCAAUGUUCGAGCUUUGGCAAUGAUUUUCUUGUAUCGGGUGCAGAGAGAUAAAGGGUUCCUUUUUUCAAUUUUAGUGUACGAUGUACAAUGACGUUAUCGAGACUGAAAGGGUUGAAUCGAAUUUCGGGCACUGAACAAUAAGCGAGCGCAAUGUUCUUUCCGCCUUCUUGUCAGAGACAGAGUUAUUUUUCUAUGAGAAGCACAAUAGACGUAGUCGAAUGGAUGAGCGAAUAUUUGAGAGGGCGACGCAAAUAAUAAUUUGUACUCAAACUUGUUACGGUACACAUUCUUCCUCGAGAAAAGCAACAGUCGUCGUAAAGAUUUAAGAAUAUCGAGCAAAGUACGAAUACGUAAUUUAUAUUCUGAAUGCUUCCAGACAAAUAGAUAAGAGAACAUUCACUUUGAUCUUAGGUAGAUUAUAAACGUACGCUGUGUAUCGAUAGCUCGAGCAAAAAGCGGACUACACGACCGAGAAUUCGGAGCAUUUGUACGAUCUUCUAUUCUUUUUUUAACCGCAUUCUUUAUUUUAAUUAAGAAAUAUCCUACGAGUCGGCCACGGGUCGCAAGAUCAGGCACGCACCUACUAUGUACAUACAUAUGCACAGAAAGAGCGAAUGAUUUUCAACUAUGGUGUGUUACGUCCAUUUAUUAAGCGAAGUAACGUAAUAAUGUUACGUCCAUUAAUUAAGAAAAUCACGGAAUUCGAAGGUAAGCCUCGCGCGGUGUGGAGGCGGGGACCGGUAUCUUCUCUCACCUUGCUAUUCGCCCGUUUCUUUUUCUAACAAGCUUCGUACCUCUUUCUCGACUUCAUCCCUCAACAAUCUCGACGACCAAGGCGGACACCUUAACUCCUGUCACGAUUCUGUCUCUCGCAUUCACCAUUCUCGCGUCUACCUAUGUACUAUAUCUGUACCGUCUGAAAUUCGUAUUUCAACCCCUGCCGAAAGUCACGUUUUCUCUCUACCCCUUGUCCCACGUUCACGUCUACUUGUGUACUCGGUGAUUCCAUCGAUUGCCAGGGAUGUAUCUUUUCUACCCUCCACCUCCACGCCGCUUGUUUUUCUCCUGUUUUUUGAUCAGAUACAUUAUUUUUCUAACGCAUGCUUCUAUGACGUGCCAUCACUCCGUAAAGUCUUAAUGACAUACUGUACCAGUUCCACGAGAUUUAAUAUAUAUACACACAUAUUAUAUAUAUAUAUUAUAUAUACUUCAUAGAUAUAAGUAUGUACAAGAAAAAUUUUACUGUGAGAACUAUUUAAAUGAGUAAUAUUGUACGAAUACAUACGGUAACCCUUUCGAGAUCGUAAGAUAUAUCUACUAUAUAUAUAUACAUAUAUUUAUUAACGAAAGGAACGAUAUUUCCUUGGAAAUGUAAAACGUGACAAAACUUAAGCUUGGUGAUACUACGCUGACGAGUUUGAUAAAAAAUUUUAAUCUACUUUAUAAUAUAUAACUUUAAGUUGAGAGGAAAUAUUUUGUAAUACAUUCGACCACGUUGACCAUGUAUUUGCCCAAUUCCGAUUGCAAGAUUUCUCGAAGGGGUUAUCAUCUGUUCUCACUUGACAAGCACAAAGUUCGGUACCAAACGUGCAUUAUGUAUAAAGUUAAUUUUCGCGACAUACCGUGAACGCGUGUAAAACUUUCUUCCGUCGACGUAGAACGACGCAAGAAAAGCGUAAAGCUUGUGCAUUAUUAGGCGCGACCCUUAUGCAUACUGGUUUCUCGCGCACAGUUGACACAGAAACACGCGUAACAAAUAUCCUGAUAAAGGCGCGUGUCCACUCGUAUCUUAUCGUUGUAUCGGAUUACCAUUACGUAUCAUUUUAAAAGAAAAUAACAAAACUUACUGAUGGCACUAUAAGAGAACCAUAUAAAAAUGAAUUGCGAUUUUCUAAAAGCAACGCUCGCAUUAAUUCAAUAAUCUUCGUCAAAUAAAAGAUUCCUAUUAUACAUGGUUUAAUGAAAUACAAGAAUAAACUAUUUUUUAAUGAUUUAUGCACGUCGAUGAUACGCUUACCUAAUUAUAAUGAUACGUAACGAUGAUAGAAUACGAAGGUAUGCUACAAGCAGAUACGCGGCUUAACAGGAUUUUCUAUUUUAAAACUCAGUCUUUCACAAGUACAAUUACUACGCUCGCCUUCGGUGCGCGCCACGUUGAAUUUUCCAUUUGACCCACGAACAGAGGUCAUACUCCUCUACGACGUCCGUCAAACGCAGUCAUUUCGACAUUUGUGACAUAAAAAUGGCCACAUUGCUCAAAGCUGUUCACGUACACAGACACACGCUCGAGGUAAUUAAGAAUUUGUACGAGAAAUUUUUAAAAACCCCCUUUCUACGCGAACGAGGGAUCGACGAGAAAGCUUUUUUUACGCCGAGGGACAAAAAGGCUUAUUUCGAACGGAACUAUUUCGAUUCAACGUGGUCGCGAUUGUACCUCGAACAAUGGUCGUGCCUAAAAAUAAACGAAACGGACUUUCAAACGGAAGCAGAAUCUUGCGAUACGAUUGAAUGAAACCUGGAAAAUUGCGCGGACAAACGUAAACUGAUUUUUAGAGGAUCGAGCUCGGCGUCGAAUUGAACGUCUCCCAAGUUCCCUUAAAACUACUGCGCAUAUUUUUUACGCGAGAGCUUGUAUCGGACGCGCGGAUAUCUCGUGUAACUGUCUGGCUCAAGUGCCAAGCUUUUCAUGAAAAAACUAGAAUGGAACGUGAUUCUACUCGAGCAUAGCACAAAUUCGAUCAUUUUCUCUUUUAUAAUAAGUUCCAAUGAACUAGAUACGUGUUACGUAACGAUAGUGACUCUCGCGACUGAUUUGUCCCGGUAGAUUAUUCGAUCGACGGUACCAACCGGGAAAAUGAUUUUCGACAAGGUGCUCAAAUUCUGUUUGCGACAAUGCUCCGUGAAAUCGUAAUUGAAAACGAAUAUAACGAGAUUUCACGUAUUUUAAUAAUAAACGCGAUUCAUAGCGUCGUGUUAGAACGUAGUAGUUGAAGAGUCUGUAGACGAAAACAGAUUGAUAAACGAGGUAUAGUCGAUGCACACCACUAAACAAUGUACUUCCAGGUUGCAUUUCGAGGAACGAUCUCGUGUCGAUACAGAGUUAUCGACGGGAGAGAUCCUUCUUACUCACACACAACGAUGACUAACUACAAACGUUGGUUCGAUGUAUUGAAUGUAUUUAUGUAUAACGAUAUGUAAAAGCUGCUAACUGGCCGACAGAUUAAAGCAUGUCGAUUAGGAGGA